AUGGAAUUGGGAGAGUGCAAAUCGACGUUUAAUCUGGAGAAAGCAGUGUGCAAUCAUGGUUUCUUCAUGAUGGCUCCAAACAAUUGGAUUCCCUCCACCAAAACGCUGCAGCGUCCACUUCGACUCUCCGACGACACCACAUCCACUGUCGUUUCCAUUUCCCAUCCUCCCUGCCACUCCUUUCUCCUCCUCAAAAUCCUUCUUCAUUCUCAAUUCCCUCCUUCUUCACCAGAUCGCCAUGCUAUACUGGCACAAGUGGGUCGAAUGUUGAGAAUAUCAGAAAGGGACGAAAGAGAUGUGAGGGAGUUUCAGAAAGCAUGUCCGAAAGCAAAAGCGAGAGGUUUCGGUCGACUUUUCCGUUCACCUUCUAUCUUUGAAGAUGCCGUCAAGUCCAUCCUCCUUUGCAAUUGCACGUGGUCAAAGUCAUUGCAAAUGGCUCAAGCUCUCUGUGAGCUUCAAUUUGAAUUGACAAAUACUCGCAAAGGCAAAGGUAAAAGGAAACGAGGAAAAAGUAGUACUCCAAUACAAGCUGAAGUUAGAAUGGGCAAUUUUCCAACUUCAAAAGAACUAGCCAGUCUUGAUGAAAGUUAUUUACGCGAAAAGUAUCCAGUUUUAGGAUACAGAGCAAAAUACAUUCUACAACUUGCAAAAAAUGUUGAAUCUGGUCGAGUUUCGCUUGAAGAAAUGGAGGAAACUAUGAACAAGGAACCCUAUGAUUACGAGCGAGUGUACCAAGAAUUGAGUCAUCUGAAUGGUUUUGGUCCCUAUACAUGUGCCAAUGUUUUCAUGUGCAUUGGAAACUAUCAAAGUGUUCCAGUAGACACAGAAACUAUAAGACAUAUACAACAGGUGCAUGGAAGGAAAACUUGCGACAAGAAAACAGUUAAGAAACAAGUUGAAGAAAUUUAUGACAAAUUUGCACCAUUCCAGUGCUUGGCAUAUUGGAUGGAACUGUUGGACUCCUACGAAGAUAAAUUUGGAAAGCUAAGUGAGUUGUCCAAAUCUAGCUAUUCAAUACUGAGUGGUUUUGAGGGUUUGGGUUCUCUCUCAUCACUCUUCAUUGUAGAAGAUUUUGAUUGCAUUGCAACUCAGAUGUUCAUAUAUUCAAAGAGAUACUUUGAAGGAAGUGCAGAAGAAAGUAUAUUUCUUGGUGUACGCUUGAGUAAUUGA